GGUUCACGUGCGGUCGCACAUGAUAUUAUUAUUGUACGUAUAUACGCUCACGCAUGAAUGUCUCGGUGAUAAUAUUAUUUUAAACAUUUUUUCCACGCCAGUCGCUGUGUUAUUAUUAUAUUGUAAUCCGAGGUACUUUUUUUUUUAUAAUCAUUUUUUCAAAUAAUUUCUGUUCGUAUAUUUAUCGUGUGCAUCGACUUCCGACCGGAAAUGUAAGACGAACACAAUUAAACGCGAACGGUGCGCGAUUCGGACGUCGAUGUCGUCGUCGUAAUUGUGCAUAAAUCAUUACUUAUUUUAAACGGCGAGUAGUGGAACGGGUUGGUUUUUCUUUCUUGUUGUUUAGUUUUGACUCAAACCAUCAAGCUGGAUUUCCAGGCUAAUUCCUCCAACAUGUUCACCAGGUUCGACGCGACCAAGUCCACUAAAGGAGCGAGCAAGCUUCGGAGGGAUCUCAUCAAUGCAGAGAUCGCUAACCUCCGGGACCUACUACCAUUGCCGCCGUCCACGAGGCAACGGUUGUCGCAGUUGCAACUUAUGGCCCUGGUGUGUGUGUACGUCCGGAAAGCCAACUACUUUCAACAAGCGUUCAAACGUCAUGAAUGUCUACACCACCAUUGCUUGCCAACGCCUAGUUACGGAUUUUCUAAGUCGCUCAGCGGGUUCUUGAUGAUGAUGACCCAAAACGGCAAACUCCUAUACAUAUCGGAUAACGCCGCCGAAUAUUUGGGACACUCGAUGGAGGAUCUCCUCAUACACGGCGACAGUGUGUACGACAUGAUCGAUAAACAAGAUCAUCAGGCUGUUCAAACCGAACUAUCCAGGAGUCAAACGUCCGCCGAGGACCAAGGAUGUAAGCGCAUGUUCUUGUGCCGGAUGAACGUUUCCAGGAACGCCCGGAGGCAAAUGCGAUUCGGCGAUCAAAAAGUGGUUUUGGUGCAGGGCCACUACCUCUCCUAUCUGCCGCUGUGCAGCAGAAAUGAACCAGUUUUCCUAGCCACUUGCAGCCCAGUGGCGAUGCCCGAGACCAGGGAGGCUGUAGUCCAGGGCUCCACCACAGUGUUCACAGCCAUCCAUUCGAUGGACAUGAAGUUCAUACACGUAGACAAAAUAGGAGAAUUUCAUUUGGGGUUUUCUCGUUCAGAACUGCAGGGCGUCUCUUGGUAUCAAUUGUUGCAUUGGGAGUGCAUGCGCGAGGCUCAGAGCAAACACAGGCUGAUUACACAAUCAGAACAGGAUCGUUCUUGCAUACUGCUGGCCAGGGUACAGAAGAGGGCCACAGGGGACUGGCUUUGGAUACACUGUGUGUUACAGGUCAAAGACAACAUGGAAAACAGCCAACAGCCAGUCAUCGUCAGCACAAAUCAAGUACUUACGGACCAAGAGGCGGCCGUGAUGCGGGCCAACAGUUGGCUGUACCAUUAUUACAUGGUGCAGAGCAAACUUCAGUACGGUAUGCAGUUCGAAGCGCAGACGUCGCCGCGAGUGCCGUCCACCGGGCCGGCACAGGUGCAGACGGGCGUGCCCCCGCCAACGGCGGCACCCGUGUACGCUUAUCACCACCAACAGUCGCCGCACCAGCAGGACGGUGCUUACCCGUCGGCGGACCACCAGCACCACCAACAGCACCAUCAACAGCAACACCAACAGCAACACCAGCAGCACCACCAGCAGCAACAACCGGUGCACUUCCACCAGUUACCCGACGGAUACUUCCGGUACGCCGCGGCGGCCGCAACGUCGACCGGGACGGCGGCGGUGACCACGGCUGCGGCGACAACGACCACUGCGGUGGCGUCGAAACGGCACAGGUUGGAACCCGAACCCGUUGACUAUUCCAUACAUUCGCCCGAGCAGACGCCGCCGUUGAAGGUCGAGGACGGCGGCCACUCGAUGGUGUCCGACCCGUCGCCGUCGCCGCCUUCGAUGGGCGGCGGCGAUUCCGGCGGCGGGUGCGCUACCGCGGUGGCGGCCGCUCUCUCGUCGUCCCUGCCGUCGGCCACGUCGCUGGGCCGGUCUCGGGCGCUGGUCAAGGCGGCCAUGGACCCCGGCGACCUGAUGAUGGAAACGUGGAAUCCCAGUCCACCGUGGUCGGACUGCUGUUCCGGGACCGGCGCCCUGCAAAAGGUGCCCGACGUGGACAUGCUCGGCAGCAGCGGCGGUGGCAGUUACUGCGGACAGCCGACGCCCCCCACGCCCGGUAGCGGUGGCUCGUACCACACGUCGUCGGGCGCACCACAGCAACACCACAACCAUCAACACCACCCGGGGGGCUGCGAUGAGGUGCCCACCGCCGACACGCUACACCAACACCACCACCAUCAUCACCACCAUCACCAACCGUCCACGUUCACGUUCGACUGGCCGGGCGAGCAGUACGUGCCCAACGUGCACGAGGUGCUCGUCGAGCCCACGCCGCACUAUAUAGUUCCGUUCCCGCCGUGGCCGCACACCGCCGCGGCCGACCACCACAGGCUGUUCCCGCUCCAACCACCACCGCCCGGCUCUAUGAACCGACCGUCGCUCAUCGUACGGGUCGACCAAGACGCCGCCGCUGCCGCCGCCGCCGACGCUUCCGUCCAAGACGGACGUCGUGAAAGCGACAUGUGACGAGUGGACGCGAGGAUUACGAGAAAUCAUCAUUGCAAUGUUGGCCUCGCGAGAACGCCACCGCGAAGUGCUAUUUUUCGUCUCGUCCGAAGCCAUAAAAAUACGAACGUUUAAUUUUUUUUCUCUCGUUUAUAAUAUAUGACGUUAUACCACACAAACGAUACUCUCAAAUGUAGCCGACAAUUAUCUACCAGCAAUAUAUUAUUAUUAUCGUAUGGUUCGCGUAGUUAGCGUAUUGAUAGCGGUGGCGGACGCUUUGUACGUAUAACUGCAUUCUGCGUUCUGUGUAUACGUGUCGUAUACAGAGUGAUUCUUUUAAUGUGAAUUCUUAGGAAAUACAUUAAAAACAAUAUUUAGUACGCAAAACAACGUAAAAUAGUAUAUUAAGUUUCGAAGCGUUUAAAAAAAAAAAAAAAAAAAUGUUUUUUAAUUCCUUAUAUUUCCCAAGUUAUUACACGUUUCUCGCGAUAAAAGAAUCACUACGUAAACGAUAGAUCUAACGUACAUCGAUCUGUCCCGGUAAAUAUUUUAUAGACAAUUGUAUAAUAACAUAAUAUAAGUAUUUUAGUGCCUACGAGUGCAUGUUUAUGAGUCACACGGCUCGCGUUAUUGUGAAUAAAAUGUAUAGACUUAGCGUAUGUUGUAAAAAAUAUUGAUCGUUUCUUCGAUCCUAGAGUAUUUUAUGUACAUAUUAUAUAUAUAUAUAUUAUAUUUAUCCACCAAGCUGCGCCUGUGAUCUCUUUUUUUAGACGAUUUUCGUAGGAAAAGCCUUACAGUGUAAUGUAUAAACAUUAUCGUAUCAUAUAAGUCAAAUUAUAUCAUUAUUAUUAUUGUUUAGUUUAUUAUUAUUACGAACUACCGUCCAUAUUAUUCUUGUUGUAUUA